UCCACCUGAAAAUAUGUUACUGGUUAUUUGAGGUUCAUUUCAAAGUUUGCCCAAAAAGCUGAAGGUCCUUUGCUUCUUUAAGGUAGUUGCCUUAAACCUUACAGCAGCCAAACUGAAGCUUCUCUCCCCGAGGCACUGACCACUGGAGCGGACACAGGUUCGGAAAAGGGCCCCCAGGCGAGCACUCAGUCCCGGCGAUUGGAGCUUUUCUGUGCGAAAGCCGAAGAACCCUGCCCGCUUCGAGAGCACCGACCCGCCCGGGGCCAAGCCACCUCACACACCCGGACACUCAGCACCAUUCAGCGCGAAGCUCUCACACCAGACAUGCCCUGCGUGCAGGCUCAGUACGGGCCCACCCCUCCAGGCUCGGCCUACUCCAGUCAGUCCUUCGGCUACCAAGGCGAUAGCUACGCCUCUGACCUCAUGACCUCCGACUACACCAAGCUGGACCUGGGCGGAGGCGAGAUCUCAGCUGCGGCCGCCACCACCUCCCUGCCCAGCUUCAAUGUGUUCGUAGAGGGGGGAUACGAGCCCAAGUCGUCCUGCCUGUACCAGAUGCCCACGCACAGGCCGGCUAUUAAGAAGGAGGAGGACAGCUACCCGACUGCUCCGCAACUGGAGGCCUUGUCCUCCUCUGCCAUGUACUUUAAACAGUCUCCCCCCUCCACACCCACCACCCCUUCCUUGCCCCCACAGCCCGGCACUUCUUUCCUGUGGGAGGAGCACUCUCUGGUCCCUCCGUCGCACCCCCACUCCAUGGGUUCCAACCUGGACGCAGGUUCCCACAAAUCGCCCCGCUUUCCGCACUUCUACCAGCACUCGCCGCCCCACAGCGGUGGCAGCGUGGGGGGCUAUGAGAGUCUUGGAGGAGGUCUGGUCCGUACGUCAUCCUCCUCUUCAUCUUCAUCCUCCUCGGUCUCUCAUGCUCAUGGCCCGCCGCUGGAGCAACAGCCCAUGUACCAGCUGCAUCGCGGGGCUGGUGGAGCCAGCCUCGCGUUCCGCUCUCUGGCACUUGGCCCCUGCGGUCCCUUGCUCGGGGAAAGCCUGCCCUCGCCCCCGCCGCGUGGCCCCCAAGGAGAGGGCACCUGCGCUGUGUGUGGGGAUAACGCGGCCUGCCAGCACUACGGCGUCCGCACGUGUGAGGGCUGUAAAGGCUUCUUCAAGCGCACUGUGCAGAAGAACGCCAAGUAUGUGUGUCUGGCCAGUAAAAACUGUCCUGUGGACAAGAGGAGACGCAACCGCUGCCAGUACUGCCGCUUCCAGAAAUGUCUGAGUGUGGGCAUGGUCAAGGAAGUGGUACGCACCGAUAGCUUGAAGGGGCGUCGUGGCCGUUUACCCUCCAAACCAAAGAGCCCCCUGCAGACAGAGGCAGCUCCUCCCUCACCGCCCCUCAGCCUGAUCUGUGCUCUGCUCAGGGCUUAUUCCCACUGCACACCCCAUGACCUUGACUAUAGCCAGUUCAGUACUGCCGACCCUCCCUCUUCCUCGUCGGACGCAGAGCACAUCCACCUCUUCUACCGGCUCCUCACCAUUUCCAUGGAGACCACGCGGUGCUGGGCCGACCGGCUUCCGGGUUUUUCUGAGCUCCAGCGGGACGAUCAGAACCUGCUUAUAGAUUCUGCAUUCCUGGAGCUGUUUGUCUUGCGAUUGGCCCACAGGUCAAUGCUGUCAGAGGACAAACUGGUGUUCUGUAACGGUUUGGUGCUGCACAGGUUCCAGUGCCUUCGCGGCUUUGGAGAGUGGCUGGACUCAAUCCGGGACUUCUCCACUCAUCUCCAGAGCUUAAACCUGGACGCCUCUGCCUUCGCCUGCCUAGCCACGCUCGUACUGCUCACAGAGCAAGUUCCAGGCCUGAAGGACUCCAAGCGAGUGGAGGACCUGCAGAACAAAGUUGUUUGUUGCCUCAGAGACCACCUGGGCUGCGGGCCCUCUUCGUCAGCUACGAAGGCAGCGCCCGCCCUGAGUCGUAUUCUGGGUUUAAGGGCAGAGCUGCGCUCCCAGAGGACUCAGGGCCUUCAGCGGAUCUUCUACCUGAAGCUGGAAGACCUGGUCCCACCCCCACCAUUGAUUGACAGGUUCCUGGACACUCUGCCUUACUGAUGGCGAAGGAUGGAAACAAGAGAAAAACAAUACACGUCCAGUUUGAGGACAAUGACAAAUUCGCUUUGCCAUGACGCCAACAGGACAACCACAUGAAAAGUCCUCUUCAAUGGACCGUCAGCUUAAAAGACACUUUUUUACCAGUGUAAAAACAAAAAAAGAAGAAAAGUAAAGAGCUGUGCCACUUCUGAUUUUCACAUGGAAGCUGAAUGAAAAAGACUUUGCUCUCUGAAAAGAAAGAAAAACAGAAAGACAGGGGUUUUUUUUGUGUACAACACAAGUGCAGGCGAUGCACUUUGUCCCAACAAAGCUAGUCAGAGCUCAGUGACACAAUCACAACAUGUUUCAGUAACACAGAAAGUGAGUUCUUGAUUGAGUCCAAGUGCAAUUUUAUGGGACUUCUCCCUCAUGGCAUAAAGAAGCUUAAGAAACGGUUUAAUUCCAAACUCUAAAUUAUUUGAAUGCAAAGACGUGUCCUAUAUUGUCAAUAGAGCGAAGAAAGUACGAGAGAAAUCUGGCUUUAGAGGAGAAACUGUGCACUAAUGAUUGAUGACUGCUCACUCAGACUUGAAUUGCUCUUUUUUGUUGUUUAUAUUACUCUCCUAUGGAAAUAAUAUUAGGCAGAAAUGGGCUUCUAAAGCACUUACGGCCUGCAAAGGGCAAGAAGCAUCGACACACACCCGGCCUGUUCUCCCACCGAAAGGAGAGGACGGGAGGGUGCUCGAAAAAUAGUUCCACAGGAGAAACAUUCCGCAGUCUUUUUUUUUUUUUUUUUAAUUCUCUUAUGGCGGUGUGAACGUGUGCGAGGUAAUGGUUGGCUGCUGUCUUAAUGUGUGUAUGUGUGCGUGCGUCAGAGAAGCCAGCAUCUUAUGCAUGGAGUGUUUUUAAGCUGUUAAAAACCAGCUAGCCUCGUGUGUUUGUGUGUCUUGCCCAACACCCACACACUCACGGCAGCAGUGAUAUUACGAGGAAAAAAAAAACGCAAAUUCUAUAGAUAUAUAAAUAUAUAAAUAUACAAAAACUAAUAUUUUGAAGUGUUUUUAGCUUUUUUCAAAUAUUGUGGUACGACUUGUGCAUUGUUUUCAAUGAAGAGAAACAAAAAAGAGAAAAAAAAAACUUUAAUUUUUUCCCAAUGUCUUUUGGUUUGAUUUUCAUGUUCAUUUUUUUUCUUUCUCUUUGGUUCACUGGAUUUUCUGUUCAGCACUUUGAAAUCAUAAACUAAUUCUGAUUAUUCCGUCUCCUGUGUUCUUUUAUUUUCCAUCCAUCCAUUCUUUUUACUGCAGUGACCUCAAUAGCCAAUUACAGGGCACAUAUAACAAAGCUACAAUU